AUGGCAAAACCAACGCAUUCCAAAGGAGGACCAAGCUCAAAGGAACGAAAACUGAAGAUGAAAGUUCAACCGGAAGAAGAAGAAGAAGAUAUCAGUAGCGAUGAUCAUAAUAGCGAAGGAGCAGAAGAAGAAGAAGAAGAUGAGGAUGAGGAUGAUGAAGACUAUGGAUCGUUGACGGACGAAUCUGAGGACGAAUGGGCCGAAGAACGCAAAGCGAUCCGCUAUAUUGCUGAGAGCGAGCUCGAGGAUAACUUGGAUUCAAGUUCCGAUGAUAGUGAUGAUCAGUCAGAUGAUCCGUUUUUAGAACCUGCAGCCCGGAAGAUGCAAUCAAUAGGCUCACUGAUCAAAGCUCGUCAAAACAAUAAGCAAGGGAUGCGGAGUAAUGAGAAGAAAGAAGAAGAAGAAGGUACAUCCAAGCAGAAGAAGAAGCCCCAAGAAAGUGAAAAGUCGAGGAGAACGAAUGAGAUGGGGUCAUCUGGGGACGAGGAGACGAUCAAGAAAGCGUAUUCGACCCGCAAGAAAUCGAUUGCUCAGCGGUCACAUAAGCAUGCGCCGAUCGAGAUCAGUAGCAAGAAGCCGGUGACCCGCAAACGGACGAUUGUCGAGGUGCCGAAGAUCGAACGGCGAGACCCUCGAUUCGAUAGCUUAUCAGGCCAAGUUAAUAGCGAAUUACAUGAACGAUCAUUCGAGUUUUUGAAAGAGCAGAGGAAGAGCGAAUUGGAGCAAUUGCGACAAACACUCGCCUUGGCUAAGAAGAAGAAAAGCUCUUCCAAGCUCGAUCCGGAUCAGCUUGAGGCGCUCGAAAAUCACAUCCGCAAGGAGGAGAAUAAGGACGUCCAGAAUCAGAAACUCAUGUGGGAGAAACAGGCCCUCAAGGAGUGGAAAAGUCAGGAAAAUGCUAAGCGAAAAGAGGGCAAAGGCGCCUUUUACCUCAAAAGAAAGGCACAAAAAGAAAUCAUCCUCACUAAUCGAUACCAACAACUCUCGCAAAACAAAUCUAAAUUGCAUAAGUCGAUCGAGAAGAAGAGGAAGAAAGUGGAUGGAAAGGAGAAGAAAUCGAUGCCCUUCAAACGGCACCGUCCAUCAGAUUAA